AUGCCGUCAAUCCUGUCCAAGGUUCUUCGCGGAAGCCUGCUUCAUAGCGGAAACAAGGCAUCGCCAGGUGACUCUGAGGGUUCGACUGUGGAUAGAAGCCAACCCGCUCAAGAUCCUUCACUGCAUACGACCGACUCAAGCGACACUUCGAGCAUUUCCAGCUCUGGUUCUGCCGCCAACGACCAGGUUCCUCACGCGUCGCUUUACAAAGAUGCUGAAGCAUACGAGCAAGUGUUGAAGAAGACAGGCUGUCUUGACUCCGACUCGUGUUGCAGACAUGACGAGAGAGAGCACUGCGGUUUUGACCAUCUCAUUCGCAAGGAUCUGACUUCUGAAGAAAAGGUUUUGGUCUCCCAUGACGCCAGGUUUAGGGCAAUGAUGAACCCACCAAAGUGGUUUGACGACCCCUCUUCGACAUCCCAAUCCACAUCGCCCACGAGUUCUAUUCCUCAUGAACCCCAAAUUCGACGGCCGCCGGGUUGUGAGGAACAGUUGUCAGGGCUGAGUGCGGGCGAGGUGGUCGACAUCUUGAUCACAGAGUUUGGACCUCUCGCACACCCCGGGGAGGAAAAGCUCUUGCUUGAAGUGGACGGAUGCAUAGUCAUAGAUGUUUCUGUUAUUGGAGUCAUACAUUUAACUACCCAUCGGCUCACAUUCCAUGCUUCAUUGCUUGCCAGCAACCCAGAGGUCGGGCAGUCGAUCCUCAAGAACGGUCCUGCAACCUACCACAGGUCUGGAUGGCAUUCCAAACGUCGGAUAUGGCUGGAGCUUGACAAUCGCAUGCUUUGUGCGUACACGUCCAGCAGGGACGCCGACAGGGUGCGACCUUUGUGCACCGUGCUUCUCAGUUCCAUCAAGGAGAUAAUGCCAGUGGACCGAAAACAUCCUCGCACCAUGCGAAUCAUUCGCACUACGACGAAAAGCCACGCCCACGACUACUUGGAGUUUGACACCCUCGAAUCUUCCAACCAGUGGAGACAAGAAAUUCAAGGAGCUCUGUUUCUUUCUCGAUAUGAGCAGAAGCAUCUAUAUGACACUGGAGACCCUGACCAGCCCCGAGGUAUCACCAUAAGUGUGCCAUUACUGCGCAUUCAAAGCCUUGAGCGGAGAGUCAUGGCCGACUUUCCAAACAUCGUUGCGGUGAAAAUCUCUCCUGGGUCCGACAGCAAUACCAUGGUUCAACAAUGUGGCGAGAUACAGAGGCUCCGAAUAGGCCCAAUCGCGCCAGUGUCGAUGUGGAAUAAUCUUGAAGGAGUUAUCUGCGACGCGAAGUACCGGGCCAGCGCCAACAACCAGAACCUAGCAUUUGAACUGCCUAUCUUUGUCGACUUCGGCCCUCUUUCCUUUUUCAAACGAAGUGCCGAGAAUGACACCGACGAAACGGUUCAGAACAGUACAGUCAAACGCGUCCUUGGUUUCGAACAGGAUGAACCAACCUGGAUCGUCCCUGCCCGCAACUACGGCUCCUUCUCACCCGGAGGAUACUUCGUCGUUUCCGAUACCCACGUUGGGUUCUGGAGCAAGAACUUGGCAAAACGCGACAUUAAGUAUCGGUUCCCUGGCACGCACAUUCUCGAUGUUCAAGUAUCUCGCUCAAAUCAGCUUUUCUCUCUACACGCUGUUUCUUUGAUACUUCGGGACAAGAAAGAACUCAAGCUCAUCUUCAGGAGCUCUGCCUUUCGAGAUGAGGCUAUCUCUCGAAUAAAGAGUGUCAUUGCUCUUGGCUGCGAACGACGGUCAUCUGCACUUUCGACCACUUCGACCGUCGUUCAACCCAUUUCGACGCCGACAGAUUCCGCUACAUCGCUUGCCCCCGGUCACAAUGGCGAACCCGUACCAAAGUCGCCGAACAUUGCCAUAAACAUCUUAUCCCCUAUGGCGCGCACGGUCAAUGCUGCAGCCCAUGCUCGAGAAGAGUUAUCCCAGGACGUGCGAAAUCGGCUCCCCAAAGCGAUCAACCUUCCCACCCAGGCUUUACUCUCCGCAAAACACUUCCAUUUUGUGUGUCUCACUAUUGGUUCGAGAGGAGACGUCCAGCCAUAUAUAGCCCUCGGCAUAGGUCUCCUUAAAGAAGGCCAUCGAGUUACUAUCGUCACGCACGAAGAGUAUCGUGAAUGGAUCCACGAGUACGGCCUCGGUCACCGGACUGCCGGAGGGGAUCCAGGGCAACUCAUGAAGCUCAGUGUCGAGAACAAGAUUAUGUCACCGGAGUUUUUCAAAAAGUCCUUAUCAAAGUUCCGACCUUGGCUCGACCAACUUCUGAAAGAUUCCUGGGACGCAUGUCAAGACGCAGAUGUACUUAACGAAAGCCCAUCGGCCAUGGCUGGAGUCCAUAUCUCGGAAGCUCUAGCGAUUCCCUACUUCAGAUCCUUCUCGAUGCCUUGGACCAAGACGACAGAAUUCCCUCAUCCUUUCCUCAGCCCCCCGGUGGAAUCGCCAGCAUUUAACAGUGGCUCGUACAUUCUCUUUAGCAAUGUCAUGUGGGCAGCCACAUCUAGCCAAAUUAAUAGAUGGAGGCAAAAGACUUUGCACCUCCCAAGGACCGACAUGGGCCACCUCGCUCAAGCGAAGAUCAUCUUUAUUUACUUCUUUUCACAGUCGGUGGUCCCCAAGCCACUGGAUUGGCCGGAUACUGUUUCGUUGUCGGGAUAUUGGUUUCUCAAAGACUCCGACCCAGGCUGGGAAGCGCCCCAAGGCCUUAUUGACUGGAUGGCGCAAGCUCGGGCUGAUGGAAAACCCAUCGUCUACAUCGGUUUUGGAAGUGUUACCGUUCCCCACCCCAAUAAGAUGUUGAAUCGGCUUAUCUCGGGUGUACAGAAAAGUGGUGUACGUGCCAUCAUCAGUAGGGGAUGGUCCCACCGGAUGGACAGCAGUGGCGGCGACGUUAUGCCUGUUAUACCUCCCGAAUGCUUCCUCCUCGAGAAGGUCCCCCAUGACUGGCUAUUCACUUCCAUCGACGCGGCGAUGCAUCAUGGUGGAGCGGGUACCACUGCGGCGAGCAUUCGCGCUGGGAUCCCCACCUUGAUCAAGCCAUGGUUUGGCGACCAAUUUUUUUGGGCUUCAAGAGUCGAGAGGCUGGGUAUCGGUCUCAAGGUCAACAGCCUGAAGACAAGUGUCCUCUCAGCCGCUUUGAUUCGGGCAACUACCGAUAUUGACGUGCGAGAGAGGGCAAUGCUAAUUGGGGAGAAAAUUCGCUCCGAGGAUGGUGUUCAUAACGCCAUCUACACCAUCUAUACGUAUCUGCACCACGCUUCGCAGGAUAGAAAAUCUUUGGAUCUGGCAAAGAUAUGA